CAAAGACCACACGUCAAUUUUGUUGUUUCGUUAUUCGUUCGUUCAUGCCGCUGAUUCUAUACAACAAUAAGCGCGUGGAUUUACUGACACCGAGCACACUUUGAGACUGUUAUUACGUUAAUUUAAGAAGCGGGGAGACACCUGAAGAAUUAAUAUAAUGGAAUUCCUCGAAUACAAUGAUGUGCAGGCGGAAAUUAAGGGCGCAAUGGUUCCCGGGAGAUUGAAGAUGACAGACCAGAAUAUAGUAUUCAAGAACAGUAAAACCGGCAAGGUGGAACAGAUACCUGCUAAUGAGAUUGAACUAGUGAACUUUCAGAAGUUCAUAGGAUCCUGGGGUUUGAGAGUUUUCCUGAAGAACGGGACCCUACACAGAUACGGCGGCUUCAAAGAUGGGGAACAAGAAAAAGUAGCAAAAUUCUUUAAAACAAAUUACCACAAAGAUAUGUUGGAGAAAGAGCUAUCCUUGAAAGGUUGGAACUGGGGCACAGCAAAGUUCAAUGGAGCUGUGUUGAGCUUUAAUGUAGGAUCUAACACUGCUUUUGAGAUCCCUCUACACUAUGUGUCACAGUGCAACACCGGCAAGAAUGAGGUUACAUUGGAAUUUCAUCAGAACGACGACACGCCAGUUUCACUAAUGGAGAUGCGUUUCCACAUCCCGACGAGCGAGGUGGGAGGAGACAUGGACGCCGUCGAGGCCUUCCACCAGCAGGUCAUGAACAAAGCCAGCGUUAUAUCUGUGUCCGGUGAUGCCAUUGCCAUCUUCAGAGAACUACAGUGUCUUACGCCGCGUGGUCGUUACGACAUCAAGGUGUUCCAAACGUUCUUCCAACUCCACGGUAAGACUUUCGACUACAAGAUCCCGAUGUCGACGGUCCUCCGUCUCUUUCUACUGCCUCACAAGGACACGAGACAGAUGUUCUUCGUGGUCUCGCUCGACCCGCCCAUCAAACAGGGUCAGACUAGGUACCAUUAUCUAGUGCUGCUGUUUGGCAUUGAAGAGGAGACCAGUCUUGAAUUGCCAUUUACAGAAGAAGAAUUAAAGGAGAAAUACGAAGGCAAGAUAUCAAAGGAGCUGUCAGGUCCCACUUACGAGGUCCUCGCCAAAAUUAUGAAGGUCAUCAUCAACAGAAGAGUCACGGGUCCUGGAGAUUUCUUAGGUCACCACAAGACGCCAGCCAUUGCGUGUUCAUACAAGGCGGCCGCGGGCUACCUCUACCCCUUAGAAAAGGGCUUUAUUUACGUUCACAAGCCUCCCGUACAUAUACGCUUCGAAGAAAUCGCUUCUGUUAACUUUGCGAGAGGAGGCGCCUCUUCUACUAAGUCUUUUGACUUCGAGAUUGAACUGAAAUCGGGCAGUAUCCACACGUUCAGCAGUAUUGAGAAAGGCGAGUACGACAAGCUCUUCGACUACAUCACCUCCAAGAAACUUCACGUCAAGAACACCGGCAAGAAUGACAAGGCGCUUUACGACGACGACUUCGGCGACUCGGACACGGAGAAGGAGCCCGACGCGUAUCUGGAGCGAGUGAAGGCCGAGGCCAAGGAGCGGGACUCCGCCGACUCGGACGACGACGAGAGCACCGACGAGGACUUCAACCCGGACAAGGCCAACCAGAGCGAUGUCGCUGAGGAAUAUGACACCAAUCCAUCAUCAUCCGAGGACUCUGACGCUUCAGCGGCAUCCGAUGAGAGCAAGAAAGAGAAGAAAAAGGAAAAGAAACCUAAGAAAGCUAUCACUAUUUCUGAAGCCCCACGUAAACGCAAAGAAAAAUCUAAGAAGCGAGAGAAAGAUGCGAAUGCACCUAAGCGUCCGGCGACCGCCUUCAUGCUGUGGCUCAACGAGAACCGCAAGAGCAUCGUGGAGGAGAACCCUGGCAUCAAGGUCACGGAGAUCGCUAAGAAGGGAGGCGAGCUGUGGAGAGAACUCAAGGACAAAUCUGAAUGGGAAGAAAAGGCUGCAAAAUCGAAAGAAGAAUACAAUAUAGCAAUGAAGAAAUACAAAGACAGUGGAGCUGCCGACGAAUUUAAACAGAAGAAGAAGCAAGCAGAAAAAGAAAAGAAGGCGGCUGAGAAAAAGAGUAAGGCGCCUACAGCGGCCAGUAAGAAGGCUAAGAACAACAGUGGAGCGGGCUCCGGAGGGAAGUUCACCAGCAAGGAGUAUAUUGAAGAUGAUGACAGCUCCUCGGACUCUGAUAACGAUAAGAAGGACAAGAAGAAGAAGGACGGCAAAGAUACUAAGGAAUCAAAGAAAGAAAAAGCUAAGAGUUCUUCGUCAGAAGCGGAAGCAUCUUCAGGGGGUUCCGGAGAUGAUAGCGGGAGUGGAAGCGACUAAAUGCAAGACACAAAUAACCUUAGCUGUAGUAUUAAUUGUUAAAGCCAUCUUUGUUUUGUAAACAAACAUAGGGAAUAAAUAUCGUUACUUUUUUCUUAUUAUUAAUUUCAUUUUGGUCUUUGGAAAAUGAAUGGUUCUUAAAUCUCAUAAAACGAUGUCAUGUUUUGUUGUUAUUCAUUCAUUUUGAAACAAUGACUGAUAUAAUUAAACUUACAACGUAAUGCUCGUCCGAUUUUUAGUUAGGUAUUUACUGUAUUUAGUUUGUAAAAUAUAAAUGAUUUCUUUUUGCUCUGGAAUUAUAACACUUAUAUAACUUCUACUGUUUCCAUUGCCAUUUAGCGCAGAUUUGUUGUGCGUAUGUCACUUUUCCCGCCUUUUGUCGGUUUCCGUGCGUUGGAAAAUAAGGUUAUGUGAUAUUAUUAUUGUAUUAUAUUCCCAUUGUGCUGUUUUAUGCAAAUAAUUGUGUAGGUAUUAUGUAUUUAGGUAUGAUUGAAUCCUUGAUGGACACUUAACUGUAAAUAUAAUUCCUAAGAUCAUUGUAAUUGUUUCUCCAUUUGUAUUGUGUUCUAUUUGAUGAACAUUGGAAGCCCCAGUUUAGAUGUAAUGUUACUGUAUUACAAUAUAAGAUUAUAUUUUUUA